AAUAUAAGAAGAGAAAUUAAUGCAAUUGCUGUUCUUAUACAAUUUUAAAUUACAGUAUCUUUUCAGUCCGGAUGCGCAUCAAAAUAUUGCGGGAAACGUAAACCGAUAUGAUGGCAGCAAACGAGCGAAAAUUUUCGACGUUAUAUGAAAAAUUAAACAGUCAGUUUCCACACAUCAACUUGAGUACUGAUGAUGCAGAGAAGUAUCCAGAUUUCUGUACAUUGCUGACAAAACUAUCGUCAUUUAUUCAAACAGAUGAUGUAUCUAUUCAAACAAAUAAAGAUCUUAAACAGGCUGAAGAAGUGUUACGACAUGAGAAACACUCUUGGUUAUUAAACCAUAUUCUGUAUCUGGAGGUCCAGGAACUGCUGCUUGAUUAUGAGUUGAAGAGUCAAGAUGUUUCCCUCUCGUCUAGAGAUCAACAAUUUCAUAAGAUACUACAGCAGUGCCUGACACAGGCUGAGAUCGGGGACUACCUAGACUUUAGCCCAGACCCUUGCUCUAAGGCCACCACACUGGGACUCACGAAACAGGAACUGUAUGACCAGAAUCCAUACAAAAAGCACUUACAGUCAUUACAACAGGCACUUAUACCAGAAAUAGAGGAAAGAUUAAGAAAAAAAUGUGAAACAUUAGUUGUAGCCCAUGAUCCACAGAAUUCAUCAAUGGAGAGCACAAAGUUAACGUUCGCCAAAUCAUCACAAUUACCAGCCAUUGUAGAGAAUGAUAAACUUCAUCUAGAAGAGGAAAAACGUCGACUGAAAGAGGACUUUGUGAAGAAGGAUAAACAGUUUGCAGCUUAUUAUCAGGUUUUUCUCUUGAUUUUCUUUCCUAGAAACUUUUUAGACUCAUUAGGCUUGUUGGAAACUCUGAUAUCUAAAUACAAGCUGGAGAAACAAUGUGAGAAUGAUACUAUAACAACAGAAUGGCUGUAUGCUAAAUGUGAUGCGAUGAGUCUCAAGAUAAG